GCCGUAGGGCUGUGUUAAAGGGGCCGUAGCGCCGUUUUCUGCCGCCGCUGCCCCGGACCCGGCUGCCCCGGGCGGCGCCAUGGCCUAUCAGGGCUUCGCGCAGGAGUACCUGGGGAUCCCGGCCGUGACGCGGGCCUACACCACCGCCUGCGUCCUCACCACCGCCGCCGUGCAAUUAGAAUUCAUCACCCCUUUCCAGCUGUAUUUCAACCCAGAUCUGAUUUUCAGAAAGUUCCAGAUUUGGAGGCUGAUCACCAACUUCCUCUUUUUUGGGCCCUUGGGAUUCAGUUUCUUUUUCAACAUGAUAUUUUUGUACAGAUAUUGCCGAAUGCUAGAGGAAGGUUCCUUUCGGGGAAGGACUGCAGACUUUGUCUUCAUGUUUCUCUUCGGGGGAUUUCUCAUGACACUCUUCGGCCUCUUUGCCAGCCUCUUCUUCCUGGGCCAGGCUUUCACCAUCAUGCUGGUGUACGUGUGGAGCCGCAGGAACCCUUACAUCCGCAUGAACUUCUUUGGGCUUCUUAACUUCCAGGCCCCCUUCCUGCCCUGGGUUCUGAUGGGAUUCUCUCUGCUGCUGGGCAAUUCCAUCAUCAUUGAUUUGUUGGGAAUUGCAGUGGGUCACAUUUAUUACUUCCUUGAAGAUGUUUUUCCCAACCAGCCCGGAGGGAAGAAGUUGCUGCUCACUCCAGGCUUCCUGAAGCUGGUAUUUGACACUCCUGAAGAGGAUCCCAACUACAACCCCCUUCCUGAGGAUCAGUCAGCGAACCAGCCAGCUGCUGACCAGAACCAGCAGCAGCAGCCGCCACCUCAAUAGUGGGGGAGAACCUGCUCUCCCCCACGUGACCGAACUCUUCUCCUGCCUGCUGGACUGAUACUGUGCCAUGGACAGAUGCUGUCUGAAGAACAGCUCCGGUCACUAGAUUAGUCUGUAUUAACAUCUCACUGUUCCCUGGGGAUAACCUAUUUCCCAAGUUGUUCUCCAGAGUGUCAUUUAAAAACUGAAUGGAGUUAUGUAGAUGUGGGUGUACAGAAGUGGUGUAGGGACGGGGUGGAGGCUGGCCCCUGGCUACAGUAAAUCCCACAGCACCCUGGGCCUCAAACGUUCUUCCUAGUCUAGUUCUGCUACAGCUAUGCCGUGUGCCAAGUCACCUGUCUCCUCGGUACACCCACUGGUACGCCCUCCUUCCCACAAGGCUCCAGUUGUUGCUUGUGCCAUGGAAGUGCUUGAUGCUCUAGGUCUCACUCAGCUGUAGUAAUGUACACACACACACACACACCCCCGAUUGGAGAAUGGCUCAUUGCCUUGGUUCUGCUCCUUCCCCUUCCAUUCUCCCAGCUUCUUUACAUUAAAAUUUAUAUUUUUCAAAGGUGUAGCUGUGCCUGGCAGGGCAAGAGGCACCCAGGGCUGUUAUGCAGAACAGUUAUUACUUAGGCCCUGGCCCUCAGCAAGGGCUUCGUUCCUAGGUGGAAGUUAUUUCAAAUUCUGCUCAAACCAAGGGAAGACAGACUAGUGCACUUGCCCAAUGAGGGAAGAGCCCCACCACCAGGACAGACGGGAGCUUGAGGGCUGCAUGGAAAGGAAACAAGCAGUGCGGGUGCCAGACAGGCUGAGGGAGACGCAGGAUAUUUAAAGACAGCAGCAAGGCCCUCUUAACGCAAUGAGCACAGGUUUGUUCCAGGACCUGCCUAAAGGCUCAGAGCUGAAAGUCUUCCAGUCUCCUCUAGUCAUGCCACAGAAACCUGUUCGCUUUCAAACAGCUCUGAACCGGGGCUGCCAUGGGGCAAGAGGAAGCAUAAUCCUGCUAAAAGGAGAUUUCUGACAAUGCUAGAAGCGUGGGUGGACUACGCUGGAAAAGAUUUUUACAGCUUCCUUUAGCACAAGGACCAUGACACCAGUGUCCGGUUGUCAAUGUAAUCUGCGCUGCUUGCAACAUUUUCUCUUGGUUUUCCUGGAGGAGGAGGAGGAGUGCAAGCUCCAGCAAAGCGCCGACAAGCCAGCAGCUUGGCUUGGAUUCUAUUUAAAAAAAAUAAAAAUAAAAAGCUGACAAUUUGUAUCUUGUUUAAAACAGCCGAAUUAAACUCCUCCU